UGGGUGGCGAUCCGGCGGAUGAGGGUCUAUUCUUCAUUGAAGAGAAUAAAAGAAUAAGCAUAGAUAUAUGUAUAUAGUAUAGAUUUACUUCGCUUAGCAAUACCAAAACAGCUGAACAGAAAUCUGUGUACUCUUCUUUGCUUGCUUCAAUACUAGAAGAAAAUUCAUUCGAAGGACCAAAAAAAUGGGGAAGAAGAUGCUGAACUUUGAAGAACAGUGUAAGAUACUCAACUUAUUGAAAUCUUCAUCUGAGCAGAAAUCAAUCGAAGAGAUGCUCACUGAAUUCUUCACCAAUCCCAAGCUACGGCAUUUCAAUGUCUGCUAUUCUCUUUCACUCUUAUUGCAGGACAAAAUGAUGCUCAGUUCUACUGAACGAUUGGUUGCAUUUGCUAUUCUUCAUCGAAGCUAUUCCUCUCAAAAGUCUGCUGCAAACCCAUUUAUAUCUUUUCUUGUAAAUGCUGCAUGUGAUGAGGGAGCUGAAAAUUAUGAAAGGGCAUUUAUCCUCCAUUUGCUAGGCUUUGGCAACUCCAACAGUAGUAAAGAGUUUCUUAAACAAUCUGCUUCAGAGUACAUCAAGAAAUUUGAUCCUUCAUCCCAAACUUUCCCACAAAAAGAGCAGUUACAAAAGCAAUAUUUGGAGAAAGCCCAUCCUGAACCGUAUGCUUGCUUAUUAAAAAGCACUGCAGUGAAAAAUGUUUUGGCAGAUCCUGAUGUUCCUCCUGGUUGUGAUGCAAAUUCAGCAGAGUUUGACUUAGAACCUGGAGCCAAAUCUAAACUUGGAUCUGGGGACAGAGAUGAAGCCCUAAGUGGAUUGAUAGCAAAUUUGUCGUUGGAGGGGUUAAUUCCUCAUUGGAUCAGGCCUCUUCCACCUAGGUUCCCUGUGGAUGAGGAGCUAGUGUGGCUCAAUCCUGAUAACAAUCAUGAGCUUCAAUGGGAUCAAGGAAUGUGUGCUGAUACUAGUAGAGGAGCAGCAGUGAGAGAUUUAAUUGCAAAAGCUUUGAGGGGACCACUUGCACCUAACCAACAAGAGCAAGUCCUGGUGGAGCUGGCUAAUGACCCUAAACUUGUCUAUCACUGUGGAUUGACUCCAAGAAAGCUACCUGAAUUGGUGGAAAGUAAUCCGCUUAUUGCUGUUGAUGUUCUUAUCAAGUUGAUAAAUUCUCCAGAAAUUGCUGAGUAUUUUACAGUUCUUGUUAACAUGGACAUGAGUCUACACUCAAUGGAAGUUGUGAACCGGCUCACAACUGCUGUUGAACUUCCGAAGGAAUUUGUUCGUACAUACAUAACUAAUUGUAUAUCAUCCUGUGAAAACAUCAAGGAUAAGUACAUGCAGAAUAGGCUUGUGCGACUCGUAUGUGUUUUCUUGCAGAGUUUAAUCCGAAACAGAAUUAUUGAUGUUAAGGAUCUGUUUAUCGAAGUUCAAGCCUUCUGCAUUGAGUUUUCAAGGAUUAGAGAGGCAGCGGGUUUAUUUAGGCUGUUGAAAACCUUGGAAUAAAGGGUGCCUGUGUUCUAUCCCUUACCUGCAUUUAAACAAAGUUCUACCUCGUAAGAAAGUGUAGAUAAUAUGAUUGUAGUUUGGGAUCCGAUAACUGCUGGCUUUAGAUAUUCCGAAACUGAAAAAUUAGUCCGCAAUGCGUUUGCAGGAAUAAUAUUAGCAGAAAGAACGUAGGCAGGCAGGCAUCAUGUAAUUAAGCGUAUGAACGUUUGGUUUUCUAUGUUUAAGUGCGUGGUUUCGUCUGGGAUAAAGCUGUGAUUCCUGAACAAUGAACUGUUAUUUUGGUUUUUUAAAAGAAAUUUCUCAUCGGUUUUAUUUA